AUGUUACCAAAGAUGAAUCCCAGCCGUCAGCGUUUGAAUUCGCAAAUUAGCGAGAAAGCAGAGAGCAAUUUUAGAUAUACUCCUGAGUUCUUCCAUUUUCUUAAGGCAAACUUGGGAUCGGUUGCCUACAACAAUCCGCAAUUUCAUCCCAAUGCUCAGAAUCAAUUGACUGACACGGAGGCGUUUGUAAAUUUGAUCAAAUGUACUUUUGGCACUGGUGUUCUGGCUUUGCCCAGAGCCUACUAUAAUUCGGGCUGGGUACUGGGCCUGGUGGGCUCAAUGCUAAUUCCCACGUUUAUACUAUAUGCUAUGCAUGUGUUGCUCAAUGACAUCAGCAUGACUGGGAAGCGCUAUAAAAUGACAAUGCUCACCUACAGCGAGGCAAUGCAUUUGGCUAUUUCGAACGGACCUUCUUGGCUCAGGCCUCUGAACAAAUAUUUCGCGCGACAGGUGGAUGCUUUUCUGUGCAUUUAUCACUUUGGCGUGGAUGUCGUGUACGUCGUGUUUAUUGGCAAGAAUAUCAAGGAAUUGGGCGAUGAUUAUCUGCCACCCAUCGAUGUGCGCAUUUAUAUUGCUCUUAUGACGCUGCCACUAAUGCUAACCUUCCUUAUACGCAACCUCAAAUACCUGGUGCCAUUGGCCGUCAUCUCAAACCUUUUUAUGAUCGUUGGUAUUGGAAUUAUCGUAACCUAUUUAUUAAUCGAUUUGCCCAAUCUGGAUGACCGCAAACCUCUACAAAAUUUUUCCCAGUUUCCGUUGUUCUUCGGCACCAUUAUGUUUUCAGCUCCGUCGAUAGGCGUGAUAAUCCAACUGCAACGAAACAUGAGAAAGCCAGAAAACUAUUUGGGCACGUAUGGUAUACUGAACCGGGCCAUGUUUAUUGUAAUUGUGUUUUAUACAGUCUUUGGUUUCUUGGGCUACUGGAAGUACGGAGACGAUACUGCAACAUACAUUCUUAAGAAUCUACCCAAUGAAACCCUCUCCAAAUGUGGAACCACCUUAUUUAUUAUGGCCAUAUUUUGUAGCUAUGCUCUACAAGGCUACGUAACUAUCGAGAUUAUCUGGCGCGGCUACAUGGCACCCAAGCUCAUGGAAAGUGCCGCACUGUUGAUAGAAUAUCUGGUGCGUAUGGCCAUGGUUGUGGGCUCCGUUCUGUGCGCCAUUGCCUUUCCAGAUUUUGGCCUACUACACUCGCUUGUGGGCUCGUUCUGCCUGUCCCAAUUGGUCCUUAUUUAUCCAGGCAUUAUCAAUAUAUGCGUCUGCUAUAGUGAAGGAUAUGGUCCCCUGAAAAUUCGACUUUGGCGUUCUUUGUUAUUCAUUGCUGUAGGUUUGUGCGGAGGCAUUGCUGGCACCAUGGUCUCAGUGACAGCCAUCAAGGAAAAAUAUGACAAUCGCAUUUUAUAUUUUUUAAAUAUAUAUUAUGUAAGGGAGGAAGGUUCACUGCCCUACCAAAUAGGAGAGAAGUGA